AUGAGUUCUAGAGCAUUGAGGAAAUUACAGGAUGACAACGCCUUGCUGGAGUCGCUACUAUCAAAUGCAAGCGCGAGUAAGGUAUCCGGUGGUAGGAGUACUGCCAAUAACAGCCAAAAACAGCAAAACAUGUUUUCUUUAAUGGAGAAUGCAAACGAUUCAGGUAGUGCCAGUGGCGAGGAGCAGGAAUCUGAACACGAUGAAGAAGCUGGUGUAGGUAGUCAGCUAGGUAGCUCAAGCAACACUCAACCCGAAAAAGUCAUUUUAGUAUCAAAAUCUUCUAGAAGGAAGAAGAACAAGAAGACAAAGAAGAAGCAAAAGACCCAGACUACCGCAGCAUCUGGAGAUGAAGAUUCUGACGAUGAAGAGUUUGAUAAGAUUAUCCAGCAGUUCAAGAAAACUGACGUUUUAAAGUAUGGUAAGGCAAGGAAAAAUGAUGAUGUUAAGGAAGAGGAUUUUUUCACGGCUUCUGAAUCCGAAGAGACAUUCAACAUACCUUGGAGAUCAUUCUUGAGUCUGGAAAAUGACCCGGGCUUCACUAAGUUCCCCGUUUCGAGUUUAAAGCAUUCUUGCAAGUUUUUCCAGAACGAUUUCAAGAAACUAGACCCUCAUACAGAAUUUAAACUAUUGUUUGAUGACAUUUCGCCAGAAUCUCUAGAAGACAUCGAUUCGAUGACAUCUACGCCCGUGUCUCCUCAGCAAUUAAAACAGAUUCAAAGACUUAAAAGAUUAAUCAGAAACUGGGGUGGGAAAGAUCAUAAACUGGCACCCAAUGGCCCUGGUAUGCAUCCACAUCAUCUGAAAUUCACCAAGAUCAGAGACGAUUGGAUUCCAACUCAAAGAGGUGAGCUAUCUAUGAAACUUUUGAGCUCUGAUGAAGUAUUAAAUUGGCAAUUAUGGGAGAGACCUUUAGAUUGGAAAGAUGUUAUUCAAAACGAUGUCAGCCAGUGGCAAAAAUUCAUCUCAUUUUACAAAUUCGAGCCUUUGAAUUCGGAUUUAAGCAAAAAAUCAAUGAUGGACUUUUAUUUAAGUGUUAUUGUUCAUCCAGAUCAUGAAGCCCUUAUAAACCUGAUUUCUUCUAAAUUUCCAUACCACGUACCCGGACUAUUACAAGUUGCUUUGAUACUGAUCAGACAAGGUGACAAAUCAAACACUAAUGGGCUACUACAGAGGGCGCUUUUCGUUUUUGAUAGAGCUUUAAAAGGGAAUAUUGUUUUUGAUUCUUUAACAUGUCAAUUACCUUAUAUUUAUUUUUUCAACAGACAGUUCUACUUGGCCGUUUUUAGAUAUAUCCAGUCACUUGCUCAAAGAGGUGUUAUAGGUACUGCUAGUGAAUGGACAAAAGUUUUAUGGUCACUAAGUCCACUGGAAGAUCCUCUGGGGUGCAGGUAUUUCCUUGAUCAUUAUUUUUUGCUCAAUAAUGAUUAUCAGUAUAUGAUCGAACUAUCUGACUCUCCAUUGAUGAACUGCUACAAAGAGUGGAAUACUUUGGGAUUUUCGCUUGGUGUGGUAUUGAGUUAUUUAAGAAUAAAUGAGAAGGAAUCAGCACGCAGUGCACUUCUAAAAACAUUCAAGCAUCAUCCCUUGCAAUUGUCAGAACUUUUCAAGGAAAAGCUUUUAGGAGAUCACGCCUUGACUAAGGAUUUAAUUAUUAAUGAUCACUUGGCAGAAAUUUUAGAGUUCAAAGCUUAUAUGGCUCGUUUCUCUUCACUUUGGACCAAAAGUGAAGAGAUAUCAUUCUUACAUAAUGAAUUAUCGAGUAUUUUAAAAGAUUACCAAACUGGAAACGUCACAAUCGAUUCAAAUGACAAAAAACAUGGCGAUAAUGCCGAUGAACCUCAAUCACCUUUCUUUAUUGAAGGCAUCCCAAUCAACCUAUUAAGAUUCGCCAUAUUAUCUGAAGAGUCCUCAGUAAUGGCUUCUAUUCCAUCAACUAUCUGGUCUAAUUAUGAAGUAUAUGAAUUUGAUGUAUUACCUCCAACGCCUACGUCUAAGGAGUCCAUUGAUGUGAUUGAAAACAUCAAGAGCUUUAUCAAUGAAAAGGAUUUGACUGCUCUUCAAAUGGAAAGAUUGCAAGACGAAGAUUUAUUGAACCAAAUAAGACAGAUUUCUCUGCAACAGUACAUCCAUGAAAAUGAGGAACCACACGGAAACGAGGACUAA